AUGCCGCAGCGCCGGGCUGACGUUAUUCAGCCUGCUGACGGCUGGGGAAUUCGCUUUUUCCCGAGUGCCGGAGGUGCUCGUGGGCGGGUGGAGGACAAGCACCCUUGCCCAGGGAAGGGUAAACCUGUGCGCCUCGGGCCCUGCCGGCGCCCAGCGUCACCCGAGAAACCACCCGCUUCGUCCCCGCGCCCCUCCCCUGCUUCGUUCCGGGCGCGAGGCCGGAGGCGGCCUGCAAAUCGAGUGGGCGUGUCCGUAAAGGACGCGCCCUGCGCCCUGCUUGAGAACUGCCGGUUCAAACAGCUGCGGAAAGGAUUAUCCUAUCGCUUAUUUUUCUUCCCGUUUGCUUCUGUAUCUGGAACUGUGACGGAGUUCUUAGCGCUAGGAAAGGAGUUCUCGGUGCGAAGCACCACUUACAUAUUCGCCACAGCUCCUGAGAAAUCGCCCAAGGAGUUAAUCUUACGCGUGAUUAUUUUGAAAUUGCCUGCCGCUGCUGUUUGUCCAGAGCUAGCUGAAGCUCUCCUGAGCGUUGAGAUUUGCCUUGAAAUAGGAUCUGGAUCUGGCGUGGUUUCAACAUUUCUAGCUUCUUCCAUUCUCGGAUCCAGUGCACUGUACAUAUGUACAGAUAUCAACCCGAUGGCAGCUUACUGUACACUGGAGACAGCUCUGCUUAACAACGUUCACCUUCAGCCAGUCAUUACUGACUUGGUCAAAGGACUGUCUCCAAGAUUAAAUGGGAAGGUUGAUCUACUGCUAUUUAAUCCACCGUACGUGGUGACACCUUCUGAAGAGGUGGAAAGCCACGGAAUAGAGGCAUCCUGGGCUGGUGGCAAAAAGGGCAGAGAAGUAAUGGAUAGAGUUUUUCCAUUAGUACCAGAACUACUUUCGCCAGGAGGAUUAUUCUACUUGGUCACAAUUAAAGAAAAUAAUCCAGAUGAAAUUCUGGAAACAAUGAAGAAAUGUGGCUUAGAAGGCACACGAGUACUUUCCAGGCAAGCGGGACAAGAGAUGCUUACUAUCCUCAAAUUUAGGAAGUCUUGAUAACUGCUCUUACUAGGCAUGCAGAAAGUUGAACACAGAGCACUGAAGUUGUCAAAUCAAUUUUUAAGCCAAGAUUUUCACCCUCUUAAGGUGCAUCCUCACUUCCUGAUUACUGCAGUGAAAUUGAUCAAGACUGUUUUUAUUCUGGAUGUUAACCAGCUAUUAUCUGUUGUCAGAGGUACAGUUGUCAUCUGGCUAUCCGCAGGACAGAUGUGAGGGAACUGUGAAAUACCCUACCUUGUUGCAUUUGCACUUAAGCACUAAAGACUUUUUCCUCUAUAAAUAGGUAUUUGUAUAUUUGUCAUUGUGGCUUAUUAAAAUAAUGUACU